GGCAGCCACCAAACCCGUCGAAUCGGAGGACAGAGGAGUCACCAAAUCCCCCCAUUGUCACCAGUGGCAGGAAGAAGAGAAAGGGAGGGGAAGAAAAAGGAGGAGCACCUUGGGGGUGGGAUCAGAGAGGAUGAGGGGAAAGAAGAGGGCGGUUCUGGUGGGAUGCAACUACCCGGGGACGAAGGCAGAGCUGAAGGGAUGCAUCAACGACGUAAAGCGGAUGCAGCGAUGCCUGAUCGAGCGGUACGGAUUCGCGGAGGAGGACAUCGUGGUGCUGAUCGAUACGGACCCUUCCUACCCGCAGCCAUCGGGGGCCAACAUCCGCAAGGCCAUCUCCGACCUCGUCGCCUCCGCCCGCCCUGGGGACUACCUUUUCAUCCACUACAGUGGCCACGGCACCCGCCUCCCCGCCGAGACCGGCGACAACGACGACACCGGAUACGACGAGUGCAUCGUCCCCUCCGACAUGAACCUCAUCACUGAUGAUGAUUUCAGGGAGUUUGUAGACAAAGUUGGAGACGGCUGUCGGAUCACAAUUGUCUCGGAUUCCUGCCACAGUGGUGGUCUUCUUGACAAAUCUAAGGAGCAAAUCGGUGAGAGCACAAAAUGUCAUGAGGAAGGAGGUUCUGACUCUGGCAGAAGCUUUGGCUUCAGAGCCUUGUUGAAAGAGACAGUCCAUGGUGCAUUCGAGUCCCGUGGAAUUCACCUCCCUCACGAAGGUCAUCAUCAUAUCCGCAGCCACCACCAAGCUGUGGAGGAGGAAGACAAUGACGAUUCUGCACACUUCUCAGGGCACGUUCACCAUAUAAAGAACCGCUCUCUUCCACUUUCAACACUGAUUGAGAUCCUGAAGCAGAAGACCGGAAAGGAAGACAUCGACGUGGGGAAGAUCAGGCCAACCCUAUUUGACAUGUUUGGUGAAGAUGCCAGCCCGAAGAUAAAGAAGUUCAUGAAGGUGCUGUUGAACAAGCUUCAGGAGGGGCGCAGUGGUGAGGGUGGAGGCGGUGGCGGACUCAUGGGGAUGGUGGGGAGCCUUGCACAGGAAUUCCUCAAGCAUAAGCUGGACGAGAACGAUGAUGAAUACGUCAAGCCCGCUUUAGAGACGAAGGUGAAUAGUGUGCAAGAGGUGUAUGCUGGCUCCAGCAAUAAACGGAUGCUUCCGGAUAAUGGCAUUCUUAUCAGCGGUUGCCAGACAGACCAGACGUCCGCUGAUGCAAAUAGCCCUCAGGGGGCGUAUGGAGCUCUAAGCAAUGCCAUUCAGACCAUCAUUGUUGAGACUGGCAGAGAGAUCACUAACAAGGAGCUUGUAUUGAAGGCUCGGCAGAUGUUGUCUAAGCAAGGAUUUAUGCAGAAGCCUGGUCUUUACUGCACUGAUGAGCAUGCUGAUGUGCCCUUUAUCUGCUGAAGGUAGAGGAUUCACAUCCCUUUCUACCUUUGUUUAAUUUAUUUUUAUCCUUCUGUUUUCAGUUUGUUUGGUGUGGAGUGUUUGGAGUUCUUUUUAAUUUAUCUUUUUUAAUCUUUUUUUGGUUGCUCUCACUGGGUAAUGCUCUGUUGACAAAUAAUUACUUGCAGAGCAGCCUCUGAACUCGGCGUGAUCCCUGAUGACAAUCAUUAUUAUUUUUAUUUAUGUAUUGAGCUUACACUCAACAAUCUUUCUAAAUGGGUUUAUAAUGAGUUUAAGCUUGAA